AUCUCUCAUUUUUUAUAUUAAAACAAUUAUUAUUAAAUCAGCACCGAAACAUUACUGAAUCUCGGCAACCCGACGCACGAUUUCUGUUCCGAUUUGCUCCGGUUCCUGGCCACAAGAAUGUUCCUCAGUUCAUUAACUCGUUAUCUGACCUUGUUUCUGGUUUUGUCUACGGUUCUGCCCUCGUCUACGGCGUUGGUUUCUUCGCCGGAGAUCAAUCCUCCGUAUCCUAAAGCCAUCUCUGAUUUGAAGGAAGCGAUUGUAAAGGGAUUAGGGUUUCAAGCGGAGGAUUUUAAGAUAUCGGGGUUUGAUCUUCGUGAUGCCUUAGUGGGGCACUCGGUGGCGUAUGAAUUUGAUGUAGAAAUCGACAAAAAGUUGAUGCCUUUUAAGCUUUUGGAGGAUGUGAACAGGUGGGAGUAUGUAGAUUUGCCGAUAUUUAGAGUUGAAGAAUCGAUUGGCAAUGAAAAUGGGUUGGUGAAGAAGCGUAAAUUGGAUGGCGGGUUGCCUGUUUUGGCUCCGUUUCAGCUUGCUGGGCCCAUGGAGUUGUGGAUUCAGGAUGCUAAGGAUAUGCGUAUUUCAUUGCCGCAUGAUGUUGAUGCGGGUGUCUUGAAGAAGGUCAUCUUAGCAGAUGGUGCAGUGGUCACUGUCAAAGGUGCCAGAUCAGUUAGCCUGCGUCACCCCAUUGAUUUCCCUCUCCCCUUGAAUCGAACCAAUAACGGGUUUGCUUCUGGUCUUCUAACUCUAGCUGAACAACUUCGCCAUGCUACCCGCACUCAAAGUGCUCCACUCCUCUCGCUCCGCAUUGUUGGCCCUACCUCUCUCUCAGCCCCAUCCUCGUCAUCCCCAUCACCGAAUAACAGGCUUAAGCUUAAGCGUCUGGCUCCUGGCCUUGUGGAAUUAUCUUCCCCUACGAAAACUAAACCUAUGGACGCCCUUUCAACCAUUGAUCUCCAGGAAGAAUCCGCUACAGUUUUGACUCCAAAACACUUCGCCACGAUGUGGCCUAUCGCAUCUGUCAAUGGCUCAAACCGUAACUUGCUAGGUUUUGAGAAAUUGCUUUCUUCUGUGCUGGGUCCCAAGGCUAACGAGAAAGGUUCUUUCAAGCUGUUAAAAGCUGAUGUAUCAGCUCAGACUUUUGUGAAAAUUGGUUUUGCCGUGGAGAAGAAGUUGAAAGAAGGAGAUGUGAAGGAUUUUCCUGAAUGGAGGACUAAGCCUGAGACAGUAAAGAUGCACUUUGAGGUGCUGGCUAUGGUCGAUGGCGAGAAGGUCAUACCACAGACAGUUAUGCAGGUUGACCCUGUUAUCGUCGAGGACACCGUUGCACCAAAUGUGAUGCUCCUCGAGAACAGGACUAUGACACAGACUCCUGUUAUUUACCCUCCUUUGAGCCCCUUCACCCUGUAACUUCUUGGAGCUUUAGGGUUUUCAAAUUUUGUCCAUGCUAUUGGGGGGCAAAAUGUAAAGAUGAAAUACUUUGAAUUGUCUACAAGGGAGUUAGAAGAGUCUAAAUAUGUAUAAAGAAAAUUACGUAAUGAAGUUGUAAAAGUCUGUUUAACAUAAUAAUAUUAUAGUA